GCCUAUGUGCGGUUUACGGAUGGCAAUAAACAUAUCGUUCCCACAGACGACAUUAAAAAUUUUGACCCGAAAAACUACCAGCACGAUAUUUUAUAUCUUGUUCGCUGGGAAAAGCAAUUUUGUAAAGCUCAAAUACUUCUUGUAAAAGAGACCAAUGAAGAGGUGGAGGAGGAAUUAGCCCACCCGAGGAAACGACUAAGGAUUUCAAAAAUCCUUGGCCAAGAUGGAGUGGACAGUGAGGAAAAUUCAACUGUAAAAGAAAAAGCAUCACUGAAGAGCAAAACCAAAACGCUAAAAUCAGUUGAGGCUGCAGAAAAAAGAAAAGGCCUUUUGAAAAUUCUCGAAGAAAGUAAGAUGAACAAGAAACAGAACCCGCUGUUUGAAAAAAAUACAAUGAAAAGGAAAGAGGAGUUUUCUGACAGUGAAGACAGUGAUGACGGAGCAGUUGUACCUAAAAAAAUACAUAAGAACUUAGAACAAAAAUACCACUUCCUGAAGAAACAAAAAAAUCAACUACAAGAGGAGCUGGCAGAGUGUAAACAAAGGCAUGCAGAAUCAGAAAAGAUCAACAAAGACCUUGUUGCAGAGCUGACUACAUAUAGGCAACUUAAUGUUACACUACAGCAGAACAUCAAUGAAGUUCUUCAAAGGGCCCUCUCAAAAACACAUGACUCCUCAUUUUUUAAAGUCAGCAAAACCUCCUCACCCCUACCCGAAAAAGGAACACCUGAACCAUCUGUUGAAUGUUCAAUUGAGGAGAGUGCCCUUGAUGAGCUGCCCACUACUCGGAGGGAAAGCCUUUAUGAAAUAAAAAAUGGCAAGAUCCACGUAGGAGACGAUGUUUGGCUUAGAGAGGAGGUGUGGAAGAAAAUUUGUUCCUCUGCCAAAGAUUCUCUCUUUGUCAAAGAGAUGGCUGUGACACUAUGGGGGACAGCAACUUUAAAAAACAGAAGUGUGUCUGGAAAGGAGUGUCCCACAAUUAAAAAUUCUGUGAAGCCUCCCCUGACCCCAUCUAAGUUGCAAGUUUUGAGAGUGUGUUUCAGUGACUGGCUUAAAACAAAGGAGCCCGAAAGAAAGGAGAGAGAGAAGAGGGAGAAUCGAGUUGGUUAUUAUAUAUCCCAAAAAAUUCAAGAUAUUAUAAAAAAAGAAAAAAAAAUGAAAAAGUGUGAAAAGUGUUCAAGCACAAAUCAAAUUGUAAUGAAUGAUAAUUCACAAUAAUUUUUAAGCUUAUUUCUGGAAUGGUUGGAAUGGUUUCCUUGAUCUUUAGUUUUUGUCUUUAGACAAAAUGUAUCUUUAAUACGUUUAAAUAUAAUUUGUUCUGUAAGAAA